AUGACUAGCAUUAGAAUUCGUUUAAAAUGUGGACCUAAAUCCGAAAUUCUAAGUCUUCCGGCUGAUUCAACAGCUGCAGCAUUGUUUCAUGAAAUUAAUCAACGGUUUUCCAUACCAAGUGAGUGUGUUUCAUUGAAAAUUGGGUUUCCCCCGAAAGAAGUAUCAUUCACGAGCAAUUCUGCCCUCAUAUCUUCACUUAUAUCGUCCGGCCAACAAGUGCUUGUUGAGGAGAAGUCAAAACCCAAAACAACCGAGUUUUCCGGUUUCCAGACGGCAGCUGCUUUGGAAAACCAGAGUAAACUUGGCACUCUUACGACACCGGCAACGAACGAGUACUCGCAAUCGAGUACAUCACCAGCACCAAAUGCUAGUGACUCACUUUACCAAGCUCCUGCCCCUAACCCUAAUGACCCUCCUUAUGUGCAAACGCCUGAAGGCGACCUCGUCCUCCGUAUUAUGCCUGAUGAUAAUUCGUGCCUGUUCCGUGCCUUGGCUACGCCCCUGGGCGUUCAGCCUUUCGAUUUACGCAAAAUUGUUGCAGAGACAAUUCUUAGCGAUCCCUUCACUUAUUCGGAAGCUGUACUUGGAAAAGCUCCACAGAACUACGCAGCAUGGAUUCAAAAAGAAUCCAGUUGGGGGGGAUACAUCGAGCUCUCAAUCCUUUCUAAACACUUUGACGUCGAAUUUUGUUCCGCAGAUGUUCAAACAGGGCGUAUCGACUCAUACAAUUCCAACCCGCUAACAGGUCAGCGUAUUUGGAUCAUGUAUUCGGGUAUCCAUUAUGACUUGGCUGCUAUCGCACCCAUUCUUUGGGAUACUUCGGCAGACAUUAUGUUCUUUGAUUGUAAGAACACGGAAAUGGAAUCGUUUGUCAAGCAGCUGGCUGCUUUAUUGCGCCAAAAGCAUUACUACACAGACACUGGUUCCUUUUCUAUCCGAUGCAAUACUUGCGGUACAGGCUUAAAGGGCGAGAAAGAAGCUUCUGCCCAUGCUAUGCAGACGGGUCAUACACAAUUUGGCGAGUUCUAA